AACAAAACAAAAGAGACAGCUUGAAAGAUAAGAAACUUUGUAUUCCAUUCUAUUCCAACUUCCCCACUUCAAAGUUCUCAUUUCCAAGUCUUCGCACAGUAUUCUCAAAACAAACCUCAAAGCUAGAGCGCUGAAGAGAGAGAGAGAUGGGUUAUGCUAAAGUGUUGGUGGGUGUACUCUUCUUGUUCAUCGCUGUAGCCACCACAUCAGCGGCUUUCACGUGCACCACCAACACCACCACCACCACAAACUCCACGUGUCGCUCUCUGAUUGACUACGUGCCCUUAAACAACACCAACCUCUCCGCCGUCCAAUCCCUCUUCCAAAUCAAGAGAUUCCACGACCUCUUAGGAGCCAACGACUUCUCCAACUCCACGUCACCAAACCAGACCCUACCAGCGAAGCAGAGGAUCAAAAUCCCCUUCUCUUGCCGCUGUGAAAACGGGACAGGUGUCAGCGACAAACCCCCCGUGUACACGGUGAAAGAAGGCGACGUCGGGCUGUACAAUAUCACUUCCUUCACUUUCUCAAACGUAGUAACGUACCAGGAAAUCGCUGAGUUCAAUAGGUUACCUGAUCCGAACAAGAUUACGGUCGGGCAAAAACUGUCGAUCCCACUGCCUUGUAGCUGUGAUGAAGUGGAGGGUGUUGAGGUCGUUCAUUAUGGACACGUGGUUGAAUCUGGGAGCUCGGUGGAAAAGAUUGCUACGGAGUAUGGGACCACACCGGCUAUUUUGUUGAAGCUCAAUGGGAUGGCUAAUGCUAGUCAGCUUCAGGCCGAUCAAGUUCUUGAUGUUCCCCUCAGAGCUUGUAAUUCCAGUGUAAACAGCAGCUCCUUGGACUACCCUUUACUUGUUGCCAAUGGCACUUAUGUCUACACUGCUAACGAUUGUGUGAACUGCAAAUGUUCCUCAGCGAACAACUAUAUACUACAAUGUGAGGCUUCUGUACUGAAACCAUCAUCCAAAACCUGGUCAACUUGCCCUGCAAUGCAUUGUAAUGGUACAAGCAGUCUAUAUCUUGGCAAUGUCACAACUUCGACAAAUUGUAACCAAACUUUCUGUGCCUAUUCCGGUUUCACUAACAAAGACAUUUUUACAACCCUUGCCACUGAGUCCACUUGUCCUGCAGGUGGACCAACUGGCUCACCAACUAGCUCACCAGGUUCUGAUGCUUCUAAGACUGGUAUGCAAGGUUUUAGAUGGAACUUUCUUUUCAUCUCUAUUCAGUUGAUCUUCCUUUGUUUUACUCUUUCCUAGUGAGAUGGAGAGUGUAUUUCUAUGGUUUUAUCCACUCUCAUUUUACCAUUCGAGGAAAAGAACAGACAAUUGAGAUGUAGAGCAUCACUUUUGAUUAAUUUGGUGGAUGAGAAUAAACUUAUUGCAUUCACAAGUGGAAAAUGAAAGUUUUUUACUUGGAGAGUUAUCUCUAAGCCAUCAA